AGGCUCGUGUUACUGAUGAAAAAGUUUGCAUUUUAUUAGAGGUGGGCGAACCACUAAAUCACCUUCUUCAAUGAUGAUUAGCUUCUUAAUCUUAGGCGAAGAAGAUACUUUACUAAUGAUGAUUUCAGUCGUUCAGUCGUCCUGCUAAUCUGAUAUUAUUAUGACGAGUUUAAGAAAAAUGCUAAUUUACAGAGGAAACGGUCAGAUUCACGGUGAUCUUAAGUAUUUAACAGGGGCGAAAAUCCCAAGUUUUUUCGCGACUGACAGGAUGAUAGCAAUGCCACUAUAAAUUAGUGGCUUGGUUUCUGGCUUGAUUCAACGAAAAAUACAGAAUUGAAAGUUGAAACUCUGGAUUCUCUGUUCUUCUCGUCUCCCUCCCUCCCUCACGUAAAAGCUUGUCUUCUGCAAUUUCAACUCUCUCUCUACUACCAUGUCUCUCAUUUACCCCAACAAUCUCCUCCUCAAAAAACCCCAAAGGUGGCAGAAUUCGACCCUUUCAGUUCCAGAUAUAUAUGGAACAAAAACAGGUGGUAGAGCAAGCAAUGCCACUAUGUGCUCCCACCAGCCUAAGGAAAGAAUCAGGGAACUGUUUACCAAGAUUGAGCUUUCGGUUUCUGCAUAUGACACAGCUUGGGUAGCAAUGGUUCCUUCUCCAAAUUCCCCUCAAUCUCCUUAUUUCCCUGAGUGUGUAAACUGGUUGUUGGAGAAUCAGUUGCCUGAUGGUUCAUGGUGUCUCCCUCAUUCCCAUCCCUUACUAAUUAAGGAUGCUUUGUCAUCCACUUUGGCUUGUGUUCUUGCACUAAAACGAUGGAACAUUGGCACCAACCACAUAGAAAAAGGUAUCCAUUUUAUUGUUUCCAAUUUUCCCUCAUCCACUGAUGAGAAGCAACAUGCUCCAAUUGGGUUUGAUAUAACAUUUCCUGGAAUGAUUGAAUAUGCUAGAGAGAUGGGUUUGGUUCUUCCUUUAAGCUCUACAAUUGCAGAUGCUCUAUUUCGCAAGAGAAAUUUGGAAUUCAGAAGAACCUCCGAAAGCAAUUCUGAAGGAAAGAAGGCCUAUCUAGCUUAUAUUGCAGAAGGACUGCAAAAUUUACAGGAUUGGAAAGAGGUCAUGAAAUAUCAAAGGAAGAAUGGAUCUUUAUUUAAUUCUCCAUCUACCACAGCAGCUGCUUUUACUCACCUUCAGGAUGCUAACUGCCUUGGUUAUUUGAGAACUGUUUUAAAAGAAUUUGGUGGUGCAGUUCCCACAACUUACCCUCUAGAUAUACACGCUCAACUCUGUAUGAUUGACAGUCUGAUUGGGUUGGGAAUUGAUCGGCAUUUCAGGAAUGAAAUUAAAAAUGUUUUAGAUGAAACAUACAGAUGCUGGUUGCAGAAAGAUGAAAGGAUAUUCUUAGACCUAGAUGUUUGUGCCAUGGCAUUUCGGAUCUUACGCACAAAUGGAUACAACAUUGCUGCUGAUGCAUUACCUCAAUUUGUCGAAGAAAAACAUUUCUUGGAUUCACUUGGAGGACAUUUGAACGAUAUCCAUGUUGUUCUGGAGUUGUACAAAGCUUCACAGUUCAUGAUAUUCCCUAAUGAACCAGUUCUAGAGAAACACCAAUUCUGGUUAAGUUGGUAUCUGAAACAGGAAAUAUCUAAAUGUCUGGAAAACAGAGAUGGAGUCAGUAGGUAUAUUACCCAAGAGGUUGAUUAUGCCCUUAAGUUUCCCCACUAUGCUAAUUUGGAACGCCUAGAGAACAGGAGAAAUAUGGAGCACUACAAUUUAAAUCACCCAAGGAUUCUAAAAACAUCAUAUAGGUGCUUAAAUAUUCAUAACAUUGAAUUCCUGGAACUGGCAAUUGAAGACUUCAAUAACUGUCAAGAGAUAUAUCAUAAAGAACUCAAAGAGCUUGAGAGAUGGGUCAAUGACAACAAAUUAGAUCAGUUAAAGUUUGCAAGGCAGAAGCUGACCUACUGCUACUUCUCUGCUGCGGCAACCCUUUUUUCUCCUGAGCUAUCUGAUGCUCGCAUUUCAUGGGCCAAAAAUAGUCUACUCACCACUGUAGUUGACGACUUCUUUGACAUUGGAGGUUCUAAAGAAGAACUAGAAAACCUUAUUAAAUUAGUUGAGAAGUGGGAUGAAAAUUUUGCCAUUGGUCGCUGCUCUGAACAAGUUGAGAUCGUAUUUUCAGCAAUUCACAGCACAGUUAAUGAGAUUGGAGACAAAGCAUUCAAAUGCCAAAGACGCUGUGUCACAAACCACCUAGUUGAAAUUUGGCUUAAUUUGCUUAAUUCAAUGAUGAGAGAGGCAGACUGGUUGAGGAACAAAUCAGUGCCAACUAUGGACGAAUAUAUGGAAAAUGGAUAUGUAUCAUUUGCAUUAGGACCAAUCGUUCUCCCAGCUCUCUAUCUUGUCGGAGACACGCUUUCAGAGGAGGCUGUUAGAAGUCCAGAGUACCAUAAUUUGUACAAGCUCAUGAGCACAUGUGGCCGUCUCCUGAAUGAUAUCCAGGGAUUUGAGAGGGAAGGAAAGCAGGGAAAAUUGAACGGUGUAUCAUUGCAAAUGAUUCAUGGGAGUGGUGUUGUCAAAGAGGAGCAGGUUAUCAGAGAAAUGAGAAGCUUGAUUGAAAAUACUAGGAAGGAACUUCUUGGAUUAGUAUUACAAACAAAUGGAAGUUUGGUUCCAAGAGCUUGCAAGGAUUUGUUUUGGAAGAUGAGCAAAGUAUUGCACCUAUUUUACUCCAAGAAUGAUGGGUUCACAUCUCCACAUGAUAUGAUGCGUUAUGUGAAUGAAGUUAUUUAUGAACCCUUUGAUCCCCUUAGAUUAGAAAAGAUGAAAAUUUCUGAAGUAGCUGCAGAAGAAUGCACUGGCCUUUUAUCUUCCAUGUAAUUGUCUUAUUUGAAGAUAUAUUUUCAGAUAUUGUAUUGGUCCUAUUGGAUAAUAACUCCAUAAGAAACCAAAAGAUGCAUGGAAAUCCUAUAUAGUCUCAA